AUGGAGCGAGGGCUGCGCCCACGGGGCGGGUUUGCGCGUCUCCCCUUCGCCCUCCCGCUCCUGCUGCUGUGCGGUGGGGCUGCUGCCCCCCAGGGGUCGGCGAGGCCCGAGGUGCCCGCGCCCUUGCUUUGCAAUGUCAGCUUGGACAGCCCGCCCGAGGAGCGCUGGCUGCCGGUCCUGCGGCUCCACUUCGACCCGGCGCUCCUCCGAGAAGCUUUCGUGCAGCUCAUCGAGUGAGUGCAAACCGGGAGGGGGAUUUGGGUCGGGGUGUCAUUCUCUCCGCUGCUUUUUCCUUCCUUGUAAUCCUGGUUCAUAUGAACUUCGGAAAGAGGGUGGCCGGAUCCAGCUCUGGGCUUGACCUUGCACUCACUAUUGGUCUCCACUCAAUCCUAGACCAUGGGUAAGCAAACUAAGGCCUGGGGGCCGGAUCCGGCCCAAUCGCCUUCUAAAUCCGGCCCGCGAUGGGUCCAGGAAUCAGCGUGUUUUUACAUAAGCAGAAUGUGUGCUUUUAUUUAAAAUGCAUCUCUGGGUUAUUUGUGGGGCAUAGGAAUUCAUUCAUUUUCAAUUUUUUUUUCCAAAAUAUGGUCCGGCCCCCCACAAGGUUUGUGGGACAGUGGACCGGCCCCCUGCUGAAAAAGUUUGCUGACCCCUGGACUAGAGCCCCGUCUUCGGCGGAUACCCUCACCUGCAGGGCCAGAUUUAGGUUUGACGAGUCCCUAAGCCAGUGGUGUCCAAACAUUUUUCAAAGAGGGCCAGAUUUGAUGAAGUGAAGGGCCGUGAGGGCCAAACAAAGGGCCAACCAAAGUUGUGCUUUUUUAGGAUUGAAAUUGUUGAGCUAUUUUUUAGGGUUGAAGUUGUUAAGGUCUUUUUUAGGAUCUUACCCCAGGAAAUAAACUGCUGGAUAUUAGGCCCCUGAAACAGACUUUGGACAUCCCUGCCCUAAAACUACUGAAGGUAAUGGGGCCCUUUCUAUGUCCAGCAGUCCUUUGUCAACAACAAAUUGUUGCUGUUUUUUUGUGUUGAAUAAAUACUAUAUGGUAAUUUAUGGACCAAAUAGGUAUCUAAAGCCAUUUGCACAUGCAGAAUGUAGGCACCCUAUAUAUAGAAAUGAGCAAACCUGUGAUAUUUUAGGGAGCAGGCUAGCAGGUGGGGCCCAUUACUUACAUCACAGGAGCCUACACAACACAAAACACUAUUGCUGUAUGUAGGUUUUAUUUUAUUUGUUUUUUAUCUUAUACAGUGGUACCUCGGGUUAAGUACUUAAUUCGUUCCGGAGAUCCGUUCUUAACCUGAAACUGUUCUUAACCUGAAGCACCACUUUAGCUAAUGGGGACUCCCGCUGCUGCCACCGCGCCGCCGGUGCACGAUUUCUGUUCUCACCCUGAAGCAAAGUUCUUAACCCGAGGUAGUAUUUCUGGGUCAGCGGAGUCUGUAACCUGACACGUCUGUAACCUGAAGCGUAUGUAACCCGAGGUACCACUGUAUUUUGGAAAUGUACAUCCAGGUUUUUUUCCCUUUAAUUUUUUUGGGGGGCCCCAAGAGAGUGGGGCCCAGUGGAUGCUCUGGUUGCAAACAUGCCUCCCACACGGAUCACGUUUGCGACCCACAGCGCCGCGUCUACACAUGCACGGGUUGCGAUUCGGCGCUUCUGCAAGCGCUGAUACCCGAAAGUAACCCAUUCCGGUACUUCCGGGUUUCAGCGUGUCUGUAACCCGAAAACGCGCAACCUGAACCAUCUGUAACCCGAGGUAUGACUGUAUUCCGCAGCCAGGUGGCCCCCGUUGGGUUCUACCACCCAGAGUAGGAGAAAACAAGCUUGUUCCAUCUCCCAUGCGGCAGCCCUCUAGAUACAGUCGUGCCCCGCAAGACGGAAAACCCGCCAGACGAAAGGGUUUUCCGUUUUGGAGGUGCUUCGCAAAACGAAUUUCCUAUGGGCUUGCUUCGCAAGACGAAAAUGUCUUGCGAGUUCCUGCGGGAUGUUUUUCCUUCCCCCUUUUCCCAAGCCGCUAGCCGCUUAUCAGCUGAUCCGCUAAGCCGCUUAACAGCUGAUCGCUAAGCCGCUUAUCAGCUGAUCCGCUAAGCCGCUUAACAGCUGAUCCGUUAAGCCACUAAGCCGCUUAUCAGCUAAGCCGCUAAGCCGCUUAUCAGCUGAUCCGCUAAGCCCGCUAAACUGCUAAUAGCGCUAAUCCGCUAAACCGCUAAUGGGCUUGCUUCGCAAGACGAAAAAACCGCAAGAUGAAGAGACUCGCGGAACGGAUUCUUUUCGUCUUGCGAGGCACCACUGUACUUGAUGUACUGCUUUCUUGUCUUGCAUUGCAGCAAAGUGGUUCCCAAGUGGGUUCAUGCGAUUAUCCGGCCUCUGGCGGAAGAAAUAGAAUCCUUUGUGCCUCAGCCGUUUGCAGGCGAGAUCCGGGGACUCUGCCAAGCCCUGGGGCUGAACGUUGGGGAUGGCUUGCUCCUUAACUUGGCCUACGAAAUUACCACGUAAGUGUUCUUGAUAUUGGUGAAGAAGAGCCCGCUGGUGCAAGGAAUCCUUCCUUGUUUGUUUUAUCCGUCAAUGAAAGAUGAAUGAAAACAUUAGUACAAUCAUCUGUUGUGUGGGGAGAAGUGGGGUUUUCCCUGUCUGUGCAAACUUAAAAACACACUUGCUCAGAUUUCUUUUUAAUUUAAAUUUAAAUCUUUACAAGCUCUGCAGCCACUGUUCUCAGUGCGCCUUUCAAGUGAGGAAAUAAGAUUUUUUAAAAAGAAAUAUAUUAAUGCACAAUACAUAAAAGGGUAUCAUAUCAGAGCAGAAUAAAAUACCAACAUUAAAAUACCAACACCUCAAAUGCAUGGGAGUGCUCUUUUGCGUCAGUGAUUGAUGCUGGCCGCCAUUUUGAAUCAAUAUGGCAAACGGAAACAUCACAUUAGUGUGACUUUCUCUGUUUCUUUAGCAUCACUUCAGCUGCUUCUCGAGAUAUUGGCACCAGUCUCUGCAUGACGGUUCCCAAAGUGGAGGUGGCAGUCUUUGUUGAUGUUUGGAUGCCAGGGGCCAUUUUGAAUCAAGAUGGCGGACCAAAAUGUGGCUUUGGCAUGACUUCACCUGGUUUUUUUUUGGCGUGGCGGGUCCAAGCUCAUAAAAUUGCACUAUCCAUUUGAAGGUCUCAAUAUUUUUUGGUUGCAAAAAAUAUUUGGGCAGAAUUAAACACUCCCAGCUACUUGUGUGCACAUAUGUAGGUAGGUAGGUAGGUAAAUAUUGUACUUUGACAAACCUUCAAGUUAUAAUGACAAUUAUAAUACAACUCUCUGGUUUUGGGCCCCAUUUCUGUUGGCACUCACCAUUUGAGUUCUCUGUUAGAGGGAGCGAUCUUCCUAGAAGUCCGUAGCCAAAGAAUUGGCUGGCCACACCAAAUCAGUGUGUGAAAUUGAGCUUCCCCCUCUUGGGAACCCCUCCUUGGUUCAGUCUCUCAUCAUUGUUUGCCCUCUGUCGUGCUUGUUUUCUAGACGAAGCGUCAGGGAAAACAUGUUCUUUUUGUGAGUGUUUGUGAGUGUCCUCUUUUUCUACGCCACUGUCUUGUUUUUUUCCAUAUAAUUUUUUUAUUAGUUUUUUAGCAUAUCAUUUUCAAAAGUAAUUAAACAUACUUUUACAUCUUAUUCAAUUUUUUGACUUCCAUCAAUCCUGUCUGAAAAUUUUCCAAUCUAAUCUCUUCACUCUUGUUUUCUUAUCCCACAGAUAUUGCACCAGUAUCAUCGCUCAGGACACUAACGGGAGCAUUUAUCAUGGCCGGAAUCUGGAUGCACCCUUUCUCGACAUUUUUCAGAAGACAACCAUAAAUGUGGACUUUUUAAAGAAUGGGCAGGUAUAGAAAGCUCUUGGCAGCAGUGAAGUAUCACUGCGAGAAGCACAGGGAGCAUGCAUUUUUGCCAAGUUGCUUUUUAGAUUCUCUAUUAUCCAGGAUUCUGCAAUAGUGUCAGUCAUAUUUUCCACAGGGGGAGGUGAGGUGUGAGAUUUAGACACCUGACUGCCUAGGGCAGAAAUGGGGGCGCCUUCCACUUCUGCAUAUGCUUGGCACAUUUAAAGUGCAUGACAUCCCCAAAAGGAUUCUGGGAACUGUAGUUUGCUAAGGGUGCUGGGAAUUGUAGCUGUGUGAGGGGGUAAACUGCAGUUCAAAGAGCUCUUGGGGUGUGUUCUAAAUGUGAAGCAUGUUUGCAGCCCAGGUAUAGUUGAGCUGCAAUUCCCAUAAGCCACAAACACUGUGGCCCAAUGAUCAAGGUUUUAGCAAAGUCAAAUAAUGCAGGCGACCUCUAGAGAGAUAAUAAUGUUUUUGGAGCUUUCCCCUCAUUGUUUUUUUGCAUUAGUAAAUGAGAGAGAUUGAAUUUUAACCUUUUCUUCCUAAACCCUGAGCUAAAGCAUUUUAAGUAUUAGAGCCUCAGUUUACAUUCAAAUAAAGGUCUCUGUUUUCUUGAAGUUAAAUUACUUACAUACCUGAUCAUGUUUUGGGGUGUGCUUUGCAUUAAAAGCAGUUAUGGUUAACUACAGUCCAUUCUGUGUCCUUUUUAUUUUUAGGUAAAAUUCAGAGGCACUACAUUUUUCGGUUACGUUGGUAUAUGGACAGGACAAAGUCCAUAUAAGUUUACAUUUUCUGGAGACGCAAGAGGUAAGCAGAUUUCAUUCUUCCUGAACAGAAGAAUCACAUUUCUGCCACAUCCUACAGAAAAAUGUCAGCUCUGCUUUGAUUCCCUCCCCGCUUCCAUUCUGGAGCAUAAUGUAGAUUUAAAAAAAAAAAAGAUUUAAAAGAAUGUUAAAGAGAGAAAAUCAUAAUUAAAACCAGAAAAUUACAGUAAAACAUAGCGCAACAUCCAUGAUACAUAUCGGUACGGCCACAUUUGGAAAAUAGUACACUUCAUACACAGUGCGGGUGGCGCUGUGGGUUAAACCACUGUGCCGCUUGGGCUUGCCGAUCGAAAGGUCGGCGGUUCGAAUCCCCGUGAUGGGGUGAGCUCCCAUUGUUCGGUCCCAGCUCCUGCCAACCUAGCAGUUUGAAAGUACACAGUGCAAGUAGAUAAAUAGGUACCGCUCCAGCGGGAAGGUAAAUGGUGUAUCCGUGCACUGCUCUGGUUUUGCCAGAAGCGGCUUAGUCAUGCUGGCCACAUGACCCGGAAACACUGUCUGCAGAAGUGGACAAAUGCCGGCUCCCUCGGCCUGUAAAGCGAGAUGAGCGCCGCAUCCCCAGAGUCGUUCGCGACAGGACUUAAUUGUCAGGGGUCCCUUUACCUUCACCCUUUUACACUUCAUAAGCCAAAACACCUGGACAGAUGGGAACCUCUUUAGCUUUCUUUUUUGGAAAUAGUAACUGGGGGGAAAGACGAGACUUUGCCUGGGAGUUCCAUAAAUGGGGAGCCACCGCUAAGGAGGCCCUGAUAGAUAGCUCCCACCCCCAGGAAUGAAGAUCAAGGCUUGCAGACAAAAAAUGGGCAGUUCUGUUGCAUUCUGAACAAUAUGGGCAAUGCAUUAUACGGUAUACAGUCGUUCCUCGGCUCCCGAAUGCCUUGGUAGUCGAAUGAUCUGACUCCUGAACCAGCGAGUGUUCUGGUUUUUGAUUUUUUUUGGAAUCUGAACAUCCAAUGGGGCUUCUACAGUUUCUGAUUGGAAGUCAAAUGUUUCCGUUCGACUUCCGAGGUACGACUGUACUUGGGUAAUGUAUAUAGUACAUUGCAAUAACAAAAAUAAUGGGCCUGGGCCUGGUCCUCCCACAGCGGGCAGGAUAACAGUGCUGUAAUGUACCAGGAGGAGGAGGAGGAGGGGCAAAGCCCGCAACUUGCGCAGUGACCAGUGACUUGAGCACCAGUUGGGCUCUGCUGGCAAGUUUGCACUACGCUGACCUUGCCACUCCCUUACUCCUCCUCCCUAUCAAUAUGCCCCCAUAACGCAGGUGGAGGGAGGUCAGGUAAGCACUGCCACUCUGUCUAUGGUCUGUUCUGUGAUUUUAUUUUGCUUUGAAGAAAUGCUUUUUAUAUUCAUUCUGGCCAUUUGGGAUGGGAGCUCUUAAGCACUGAAGCAAUAGGAGGAAACGGCCUAUGUUUGUGACGGCUGAUUCUCACGAGGCGUUUCUCUUCCCCUUACACGCUCUUAUAGAUCGUAGCGCAUGGUGGGAGACUGCAAUUGCCACUUUCCUGAAUCGAAAUUCUCCGACCAGCUGGCUGGCCAGGACUGUAAGUAGCCAAAGUUUUGCUCUUUUCAGAUUUGUUGCUCACUAACCACCAAGUUGCUGAAAAUCCAAGUGUUAAUUAAUCUUUCCUCUCUCUUUUUACGAUUGAACAGAUAACGUUGCUUUGUAAAAUAGUUCUAGGGGUGGUGAAGGUUCAGAAAUGUUAUAAUUUGUGUAGCGCAGAAAAAGAAUGGUCCCUGCCCAGUACAUCUAAGAAUUUGCAAGGGUGGUUUUUUUGGGUGGAGGGGGCUAUUACAAAUGGGAAAAAUGUGCAUUUAGUUUAUUUCUCUUAUUUAUUAAGAUAUUUUCCGUGCUUCCUGUGACAGAUGGUUUCGUUUUGGGUUUUUUCCGAGAGCAGGAGAAGCCAGCAUGGUGCCCUCCAAAUCUAUUAUUAUUAUUAUUAUUUUAUUAUGAUUUAAUCUUAAUUUAUUUAUUUAUACCCCACCUUUUUCCUUGACAGGGACUUAAGGCAUCUUUCUUUAUUACCUGUCCUUCACCUUGAGGCCCCAGGGGAGGUCCCAACACUUUAAAAUGCAACAUUUAAAACAGUUUAAAAGAAACCACAAUUGCAAGAAUAGAGGGUGGGGUCCUUAAAAAUAUGCGUUUCAAGACCAACAACACUCGGUUUUCUUGAUAGAACUCAAACCAUUGCAGCAAAAGUAAAUUUCUUUCAGAUGUCAUGACAUUCAGCUUUGAAGUCACUUUUCAUCAGCACAGAUCUUAAACAACAAUCUUUGCAUCCUCUGUUGAAACCUGUUUCAGGCUGCUAAAUGUGCCAGUUAAAAACAAACAUCAUUCUGAGGCUUGUUUUGCUUGCCAGCUGUUUCAGGCGCUCUCCCCUUGGUGCUUUUCAGCUUAGCUCUGCAAACUCUCCUUCCUUGGAGGCUUUUAAGCAGAUAUCGGAUGCCCACCUGUCAAGGAUGCUUUAGCUGAGAUUCCUGCAUUGCACAGAGGUCUCUUCUAUGUUUCUAUGAAAUAUGAGGACUAGAAGGUUGCUUCCUUAAAAUGGGAAUUCAGGUUUUCAGGAUUCUGAUAAGCAGCAACUUGGUUACUUCUGGAGCCUUGGGGGUAAUGCACAGUGUGAUAAAUGUUUGCAGGUUUGCCGGCUCCAGACCCAAAGUGGGGCUUCUGUGACUUCUCCCAACUCUACAGCCGAUGGGAAAAGCUGUACCGUUUAUGCAACCCUUAAAGGCACAGGAGCCCCCUCAUGGUGUGGACCUCCCAGUCCAUGAAAUAUACUCGGAGUCAAGAGUGGAUUUCAUGCUCUUUAUUCAGCUCAUAGUAGAGAGGAAUGGAAGUUUCCCCAAAAUAUCUGCUUUAUAUACAUUAUUUAUACAGUGGGCCGCACGUGAUUGUCUAAUUCCUGGAUUCUCCUGUAGGCCAAUCAGGUUGCGGAUUCACUUCCACCUGGAGCUGGAUUGGGUGGUUCCUGUGGACCAAUCAGACUGCUGCAUUCUGAAUCCUAUUGUUCUAGGACCAAUCAGACUGCUGCAUUUGGAUCCUAUUCAACUCAGUACAUAACAGUCCAAAAUGCCCACUCUUGUUUCUGCUUUGCUGCAGGUUUUGAGCGAAGCUGAGGACUUUGAGGCUGCUGCUCUCAUGCUGUCCAAGACACCGAUUAUAGCAAACGUCUACUUCAUCAUUGGGGGCACGAAGCCGGGGGAAGGGGCAGUCAUUACGAGAAGGAGAAGCGGUCCAGUCGAUAUUUGGCCCUUGGAUCCUCUGACUGGAGGGUAAGCAUGAAAUUUUGUAACCCUGGGUUUUGUAGGAAACAAGUUAUGGAUUUGUAGAUGGAGGGGUAUAAUUGCCCCUUGGUGUCUUAUGAGCAGGGCAGAGUGUUGGGAAAUAAAUAACUGGGGAGCACCAGUAAUUGUGAAGUGCUCCCCCCAUGUGUGGGGAAUCACAGAGAAAAAACGGCUGACUGCCUGAAUUAAAAAAGUGUAUGGGGCCUGAUUCACUCUUUAGCCAAAAUAGCCCCCAGCAGAGUUUAAAACACAAAUCUAUGCAGUAUUUGCAAAGCACGGGGAAUAUAGAUUGUUACAUCUUUAAAUGUCCCAGUAUGAAUGAACUUUAUUACGGUCACAGACCAGGAUAAAACAAACAAACAAACAAACAAAAACAAAAACAAAACCAUAUGAUAAUGAGAGUGGAGGCUAGCAUCUGCCUAACAUCAAUCUACAAAUGGCUGACAUUGAAUCUGCUCCCCCGCGGGAUAGCCCCAUUGAUCCUCUGCGACCAAUUCCAGUCAGGCUGGCAGACUGCAGUCCUGAACACCCUCCGGAAACUGGGUUUUGCCCCUCAAGCCCUUCUAAGUCUGGGCUUGGGCCCGGCAAAAGCUACAGUCAGGCAAAGAAUAUUAGACACCGAGAGACAACAGGACUGCGCAAGGUGCCCCGACUAUAAAAUUGGAGAAAUCGAGAGAGAUAUAGCCGCACCGGCAGCAUAUCUCUUCUUUCUCGUAUCUAGAAAUGCAAGAAGGGCCUUUACACUCACCAGAAGCUCGGCUCUUCCCUCGCCGGUCCUGGAUGGAGCCUUUAGAAAAGUCCCCUAUGCUCAGAGACUUUGCACCUGUCCAUUGGGAGAGAUAGGAAGCCCAGAACACUUGUUCUUUAGAUGUCCCUUUUAUGAAGAGGCACGUAGUAAGAUCAUUGAUCCCCUACUGGUGAGGCUCUGCGACCUCCCGCAAAAGCAAAAAUUUUACCUUUUGCUGUUAGGCAAAGAUCAGAAGAUGACCUGGAUGGUCGCCAGAUUCUGUGUACAAUGUCGCAGUAUUAAGCACUUACAAUUCUUCCCCCUCCUCUAUCCCUCUCGGAGUGAAUAGACUACAACCUUUAGUAGGUUAAAAUGUUUUACUUACAGUAACCACAGCUCUCAUCAUGAAUACAGCAGAAACAACACAGGUAUUCUGGGUAACAAAAUACAAAAAGCACCUUCACGUAUUGUGGUAAUCAACUUAAGUUUUGCUCAGAGAACACCCGCUGAAAUUAAUGGACCUCCCUGGAUCUUGUUCCUUAAUUUUAGUGGCUUGAACCAAUGAAUGUUCUAGACCUUACAGAUAGUAGGUCUGAAAAGCUUUUUGAGGGAACUAAUCCACCCCUUAAAAAAAAAAGUAAGUACCUUAUACCCAUAUGGCAAAAGGAUACAGUGAUAAAGUUUUAAUGUUCAUUUUAUGUAGGUGGUACCGGAUAGAGACAAACUAUGAUCACUGGACCACCCCUCCUCCUCUAGAUCAUCGAAGGUAUGUUUUGCUGGGUGGUAAACUGUGUCAAGAUGAUCUUAUUUUAAAGAAGAAAAAGAACUGUACAUGCAUACUUUGUUAUACUUCCACAGUUGGAAUAACUCCCUUUUGCGCAUAGGUAGGGUUGUCAGGCUGAGUCAAUCAAAACUGAUCUCACAAAGCGAGACUGCAUGUUGCUCAGUCUGCUGUUCUUUUAUUAUUUUAUUUUUGCAUGGUCAAUGAGAAUCGCAAAGCACUCGGACGCCUCUUACCUGCGGUAUGAAAUGGUCUUCUGCGCCACGAGAUUUGCCAGCUGCGACUUAUCCGCUAACAUUUUAUUGUUACUCUGCAGAACCCAAGCCGUGAAAGCACUGAAUGCCACCGGACAGAAAAAUAUUAAUCUCGAGUCUCUCUACAAAGUAAGUCUUCGGUUUUACAUCCUGCCCGUUUUAUAAACAAAACAAAACUCGCUUUUAUUGAGGUAUUUACGCUAGGAUAGUUCUCUGUUGGGUUUUUUCAAGGUUUGCCACAUUUGCAAACGAGAACCUUUUGGGGGUAACACACACACACACACACACACACACCAGAGCGUAUUGUAUUGGCUGCAAUGCAGUGCUUCUUUCAUGCCUAAUUUCAGUUAAGGGGUUGAGCGAUUACCUCUUGGGGUGCCUUUGCAAAUGUCAGGCUUCAGGGAACCGGCUUCGGCCCCCGGGGCAGUAGAUAAGCAGAACAAAGGAAAAGGAGUGUUCUUACCUGUUAGAAACUUUAAUAAUCACAGCGAGAGAACAAAGAACCCACCUCCUAGAAAUGGCGGUGCUCCCAAUUAUGGAUCACACCUCCUUCUGUCCCUAUUAGUCUAUGCCACUCCUAUGUCUUGUAAUCUGAGCUUGUACCCUCUGUGCUUUCUGUGCUGACACUUUCUGAGCUGUCAAUAACUUGGAGACAAGGGGUGUGUGUAUGUGAAUGCUUCCCAGAGACGGUGAAUCUGUUAACCCUCUCUCUUCCAGUGUUUCUUCUCUUAGCUGUUCCCCAUCCAGCAUUUCCCAGCUUCUGCUUUCUGAACUAUGCCCCUCUGCAAACCACUGUUCCAAAUCUACACUGUCCUCCUGCUCCUGGGAAAAUUCAAGAUCUAGGGGAGGGGGAGGCUCCCACCAUUCCUCCUCAGCGCACCCCUCCUCAACACAGUCCCUGACACAUACAGGUGCCAUUGCCCCUGUACUCAGGAAGGCCCUUCCUUUUGGCAUAAAUGAACUACCAUCCAUCAGUUGCUUUGUGUGUCUUGUAAAGGCCUUUCUUUUUGCCCAGGCUUUCCAUGGCCCACAAGAUUGGACACUGUUAUUACAGGAAAACCCUUCAUUUAUGAGCUACCGUGUAUAAGCACAACACACUGAACCCAGAAGUGACCCAAGAGCUUUAAAAAAGAGGCAGGAUGGGACAGGGUGCUUGCAGGCUUUUUCUUUUUCUUCAAAAUUUUUUAUUAGUUUUCCAAUAAAUUUUUUAAACAAACAAACAAAUACACAAACAAAAACAUAAAUCUCAGCCUUUUUAAACCAAUCUUAGUAACAUUGUUAACUGACUUCCCUGUAUCCCCCUCGUUGAAUUUCAGUGUAUAUCAUUUUAACUGUUUUCCAAAACCAAUGUUCUUAUAAAAUUAACUUAAUCACUUAACAUCUUUCUUUCUUCCAAAUUUGGCAUUAAACAUAUUAGUUAAUCACAUUACAUAUUUAAAUCCUAAGCCUAUCUGAUAUUUGCAAGCUUUCCAAUUAAGUUAACAUAUUUAACUACCGUAAAUAGUCUUUAAAUUUCGUCCAUUCCUCCUGGUACUUCUCCUCCUCCUUCCUGUCAGGUCAGCUAGCUCUGAAAAAUCAAUCAUCUUCAUCUGCCAAUCUUCCACUGUUGGUAUUUCUUGUGUUGCUUGCAGGCUUUUUCAACUGUGUUUCAAAUAUACGUGAUUUCACUGGUGCACGUGGUGCCUCAAAACGUAACCCCCUUCAACGUUUUAAAAGGUUCAGCUGUUUAGAAAUGCUUCUAAAUACAUAAAUAAAUGGACUCCUUUCAUUUCAUUUUGUUUUUUCCCAGGUAUUAUCAGUCUAUCCAGUCUUAAAUGAGUAAGUUUUGUUUGUGUUCUUUCUGUAAUAGGUUUGGAUUCCACCCUGCCCGCCUUCCUUUAGGCCUCGGAUGGGGAACCUCUGCCCCCACCAAAUGUUGUUGGACUACAAAUCCCAUCAGCCCUUGCAAGCAUGGCUGAUGGCUAGGGGUUAUGGGAGUUGUAGUUCAGCAACACCUGGAGGCUGGCCUAUGGCAGGACUAGCUGACAUGGCGCCCUCCAGGUGUUGCUGGACUACAACUCCCAUGAGCCCCCAACCAGCGUGAUGAUGGGAGCUGCAAUCCAGCAGCAUUUCAAGGGCACCAAGCCAGAUGAGGUUGUAUGAUGGAGUCCCUUUUAAUUCCUGGGAUCUAGCAAGGAUCCAGCUGCUGAAUUAGCCAGGCAAGGGCCAUUAGGGUCCCUUAAGUAUGGGUCAUUAAGGUAACAAAUGGCUCUGUGCCAGAGGAAAUGGCUCUGUGCCAGAGGACAAAUAGGUGGGGGCCCCUCUCUUGCCUUGCUGGUAGUUCGAAGGACAAAAGCCAGAGUGGAAUGUGUGCUCUAGAAGCAGGCUGUAGCUGGGCAGCGGAGAGGCAGAGCCAUGCCUGAUUUCUGCUGGAUCCAAGACUGUGGCUAUGGCAGAAGUAAGACCCUUUUGGGGCAUUAAUACAGUGGUUAAGAACUUAAUUCGUUCUGGAGGCCUGUUCUUAACCUGAAACUGUUCUUAACCUGAAGCACCACUUUAGCUAAUGGGGCCUCCUGCCGCCGCCACCGCACCGCCACUGCACAAUUUCUGUUCUCAUCCUGAAGCAAAGUUCUUAACCUGAGGCACUAUUUUUGGGUUAGUGGAGUCUGUAACCUGAAGAGUCUAUAACCUGAAGUGUAUGUAACCCGAGGUACCACUGUACUGUGAGCCUCUCCGUCAUAAGUUGCACAGCCUCUGCUGUCCCUCGUUCCAAGGAAACCGAACGCUGGGUAAGCGCCUGGAACACCUGGAAUCUCACAGUGCUCAGAGAUUGGGGUGCCGUUCAACAGUAUAUACCAGGGAUGCCCAACAGAUCGAUCGCGGUCGACUGGUUGAUCCCCGGAAGGUUUUGGUAGAUUGUGGUCGAUCGCGGGCUCCGGUGGAAAAAGAGCAUCUUUGACCUGAACCCCCCAAAACGGGACUUUCCUCCCUAAAGAAAGCUCAACAAUUUUGACCUGAAACACCCCCCCCCAAAAAAAGGGGUAGAUCACUGCCAGUUUUUUGUUCUGUGAGUAGAUCUCUUGGGAUUUGGACGUCCCUGGUAUAUACCAUGACUCAAUUCGUUUCCUAUUCUUUACCAGGGGAACAGUUUACACCACCGUAAUGAGUGCUGCAACCCCUGGCAAUUACAUGACACGGAUCAGGAACUUGGUGUGAAAACGUGUAAGUUCUGAUAUUUAAUGCAGAUUAUCAUUUGGAAUAGAAGUUCGGACACCCAUCCAAAUACCCGGCACUUCCAGCUUGCAAUUAGGGGUGUAAGAAGGUGUCAGUUUUCGUCCCACCUUGCAUUCGUCACGUGCAAUACUGUUUACAUUUUGCAGCAGUUCUUCUGCCAAAGCCCACAGGAUCUGUCUUGCUGUCCGCUGUGGCAAAACUACAUCAUUUGCUUAAUUAUGUUAUUGCACCCCAUCCAUUUCAGUGCCAAGAAAACACAAUGCAAAUUAAGCGGGUGGGACGUAACUAAUUACAUAUCAUUUGCACACUGAAAGCCAACGACACCAGAAAAUUCUGAUUAUAUUCGCUGGAUGGAUUUUAGUUCCAGACAUGGAGCAAAUAAGCAGCCAAUGGCAAUCUUUGCUCCCAUUUCUGUUUUUUAGAGGAAUUCUUCAACAUUCCUGCUUGCAAUUCCUGGCAUUUAACUGCUUUGUGCUGGCCAGAAUUCUUGGUAUUCAAAGUCUCUCAUUUUCUUAUUUUCCUGGAAAUGCAAGCUUAUUUUAUGCCCCCAGUAGUAGUGACCUGCCCCAACUGGAAAAGGAAAGAAAGGGAAAACUCUUGUCUGACUGCCUGUUUAUCCAUCAGGCUCUGCCUGUUAAGAGAACCUCGUCAUGAUACUGUGGGUUGAUGAACGCUGAAUUAAAAACCUCUGAAUGAGCCGCCCUCUUUGAGAUCAGACCUUCUUUGAUAUCAGCUUCAGCAAUGCAGGAAGCUAUAUCUGCAGGGGAAAACCCAGGAAUUUUGUGGCUGUCCAAUGUGCCCUGCUAGAGAGAAGUGGCUACUCAGUUUGAUGUUGGGAUAUCCACCAUGGCAAAUGUGGUCCUGGAGUUUUGGUUUGCUAUCAGACAUCUGCUACCGAGCCAGUUUGUGAAGCUGGUGUGGGGAAUGUUCAGGGUGGCAGCAGAGGAUAUAUUGUUAAUUAAUAUCCUUCUUAACUUGUGCUAGCAAGUUCCUUUACUUAGCAGAGUUACAUUCCCCUUUUUACAUGCACAGCAGAUAGCUGGUUGCAGGCUCGUGUUAACCUCUCACUAUUAUACAAUUCAGUCUGUCUCAGAUUGAAUUUAUGCUCCUGGUAAGUUUCCUUGAAUCACUCUUAAAAGAAUAAAGGCACCACAAUCUUAUUCAAAGUCAAUAAAAGAGGUUUCUCACAUCAGUUCACAGUUGGAUUCCUGAAGGCAGACUUAGUAAUAAUUAUUAUUAUUAUUAUUAUUAUUAUUAUUAUUUAUUUAUACCCUGCCCAUCUGGCUGGGUUUCCCCAGCCACUCUGGGCGGCUUCCUACAAAGAUUAAAAUACAGUGGUCUGUUAAACAUUAAAAGCUUCCCUAAACAGGGCUGCCUUCAGAUGUCUUCUAAAAGUCUGGUGGUUGUUUUUCUCUUUGACAUCUUGUGGGAGGGCGUUCCACAGAGCUGGUGCCACUACCAAGAAGGCCCUCUGCCUGGUUCCCUGUAACUUGGCUUCUUGCAGUGAGGGAACUGCCAGAAGGCCCUUGGCGCUGGACCAAAUAUGUACAUGUGGAUCUACCCCAUAUGGGGGAAUAAUCCCAGUGCUUCUGCUAGCUGAGAGCUAGCAGAGCAGUCCUAACUAAAAGCUGGUCAAACGAAGAAGGAAGUCAAAAAGAAGGGAAGGGUGCUGUGUGACUUGACCUUUUGUUACCUGGACAGGUUAGGUUACACCCACCUUCUAUCCCAUGCAGAAGGAAGGAUGUUGCAGCCAAUAGGAACAGGAAGUUUCAACUGGCUGGACCAAACAUUCGCUUGCAUGUCUUCUCUAGCAUUACAAGGAAUGUUGUACUUUUUUUAAAUAUAUAUAUAUAUAUUAUUAAGGAUUUUCUUGUUUUACAGAAGUGUAGUGCCUCGUUGUUGUUUUUUUCAUGUAACAUUUUUACAAAUCCGUUUCAUUUGUUGAGGCAUUAGGGGGAGAAAAAGAAAAAGAAAAAAGAAAGGGGGGGUGGAGAGAGGGAAGAUGGAUAGGGGUGGGGUCGGGUGGCGGUGUUUCUAUUAUGUUUAAUGUAUGUAGAGUUUGGUGUCAGCGUUGCUUGUGUUGUUCACUUGUGUUCCUUUGUUGGUGAGAGAGGUUGGGGUUGGCCUAGGGUGUGAUUGUUUGCUUGUGAUUGGCUGUGGUGAUCUUUGUUUUCGUGUGUGAGUGAGGUGGGUGGGUGUUUUGGAUCAGGUUAGCCAUAUUGAUUUGUAUGCUGUUGGUGGAUUAUUGUCAUUGUCCUGUUGGGCUGUGUAUGUGAUAAAUGGGAGCCAUACCGGGCGAAGGCGUCUUCUUCUGUUUGUCCCCGUGUCAGUUUCAGUUUAUUAGUUAAUUUUUCUAGUAGGGCUGUUUCCCAUACUAUUUGGUACCAUUGGUCCAUGCUUACUCCUGACAGGUCUCUCCAGUGUCUGGUUAUGGUGUUUCUGGCUGCUGAGAGCAAGGAAUGUUGUACUUGAUUGCUUCUCAUGGAUCACAUCUCACAGCUGGGAGACAACCUACCAAAAGUUGCAGCUCAUUACAGAAUUGCCAUGUGUUACAGGUGCAUGUCGGCUUAACAGUAGCAGGGCACUGAUUUUAGUUUUCUUUCUUUUUUUAUUCUGGUCUUUGUGCAGGGGCUUCCCCCACUGCAUCGGUGUGGUAGAUGCUAUCCCAGGACAAAUCAGAUCAACACGCCAAUAGGAAAAGCUAUCAUUCCGUUCCCAUUACAAGGAACAGACCACAGUGUAAACGUUUUAUCAGUCUGGAAGUUAGCAGGAGUGGCGAAAACCGCGAUGCCUUCAUUUCUGCAAACUGCACCUUGCCAUGAAAUGGAUGUUGGGUAUUUGUGCCUGGAAACCCUGCUGUACUAAUUCACGGCAAACACAUACCUCGCAGAAGAAGGGGUUGAUGGAAUCAUAGAGUGCGCCCCCCCCAAUGCUAUUCAGCCACGGUUUUAAUAGAUGCACGAUUUGGUUGCUUUAAGGGAUGCUGAUGUUGUCUCAAAUGCAAACUCCCAGUUGCUGAAGAUAACGUGUCUGCUGUAAUAACAGCCUGUGUUGUCCUGUACAAUAUUUGUGAGUUAAAGGGUCACUCACUGGGUGCAGUUGACUGUAUAGAACCUGGAAUCAUUCCUCCCUCAUAUACAGAGGAGCGCUGACCAUACAGAAACAGAACUGCGGCAGAGUGGAGCAUUAUUAGUUCCGUCUUCGUAUGAUUUUCAGCAGGUGAUGCUUUGAAGGCACAAAAAUGCAGAGACCCUGCUGAAACUUCAGAGAAUUAAAGGACUGAGCAUUGCUGGGGCCCCUAAGUAGCCAAAGAUGCACUGCCCCCCAAACUGUUUUUUUUCACUUUGCAUGGGACACUUUAGAAAGAUGUUGUGGAAGAAAAUUAGCAUUUUGCACAUCUCCUUCUUUUAAGGAGACUCACUGAGGAUACCCCAGCAGCCCCCACCUCCCAGUGUAUAAAGCCAUUAAUAAUGCACUGAAUUUACA